CCUAAUCCAUCCAUCUCACCGUAAGGCUGCAUGCACUCUGUCAUCUUUCUUCCCCUCCCACCCUUCUCUUCCUCUCUUUCUUCGAAAGGCGCUGCUAUUCGGCGGAUUUCCACUGCCCGUGUCAUCUUUCGUUUCUCGCUUUGUCUGUUUCGCUGAAAACAGAAGACGGCUUGUUCUGGCAACCCGUUGUCGCAGUCCUCGGAACUGCGGGGCUUUGUUUCGUCUGUCUUUCUUCAGUAGUGUUCGCCAUUUAGCCCCCUAUCCCUUUCCUCGCUUCAAUCGCUACGUCUAGGGGUCCAGCUGAAAGCCCGGUUUCUUUGCUUGCAACCGUCCCUUUCCUCAGUCACUCCUCCGUCCCCAGGCCUCGAACGAGCGAGCAAGAAACGAAGUAACCCGACUCAACUAUCGCCCGAGACCCUUCGUUUACUUCAACCUUGUCUUAUACAAACCCGAAUACUGCAAAUAUGACAGAUCUACGAGGACGCAAGGUUUUCAAGGUCUUCAAUCAGGAAUUCAUCGUGGAUGAGCGUUACAAUGUUAGCAAGGAGCUAGGCCAAGGAGCAUAUGGUAUUGUCUGGUAGGUAACAACGUCGUCAAUUAUGACUGUCAACCGUCGCAUGCUGUGUCCUCUCUCCAUCUUGCGUUUUCCGAUCCUGCCUCAUAUCAAUAUUUUCUCUUCGUUGACAAUGAUAUCGACUUGUUUACUAUGCAGUGCCGCUUCCAACAUACACACGGGUGAGGGCGUUGCCAUCAAAAAGGUUACAAAUGUAUUUAGCAAGAAGAUAUUGGCCAAGCGCGCCCUGAGAGAAAUAAAGCUCUUGCAGCAUUUCCGGGGCCAUCGCAAUAUUACAUGUUUAUACGAUAUGGAUAUCCCACGACCCGAUAACUUCAAUGAAACUUACCUGUAUGAAGAAUUGAUGGAAUGUGACCUAGCAGCUAUCAUUCGCUCCGGGCAGCCACUGACCGACGCUCAUUUCCAAUCUUUUAUUUAUCAGAUCCUUUGCGGGCUGAAGUAUAUCCAUUCAGCGAAUGUCUUGCACCGAGACUUGAAACCAGGAAACUUGCUUGUGAACGCUGAUUGCGAGCUCAAAAUCGCUGAUUUUGGUCUCGCACGUGGCUUUUCAAUUGACCCGGAGGAGAAUGCAGGGUAUAUGACCGAAUAUGUCGCAACUAGAUGGUACCGUGCCCCAGAGAUCAUGUUGAGCUUCCAGAAUUAUACCAAAGCCAUUGAUGUAUGGUCUGUUGGGUGCAUUCUGGCGGAACUACUUGGAGGCAGACCCUUUUUCAAGGGCCGCGACUACGUCGACCAGCUCAACCAGAUCUUACACUACCUGGGAACCCCGAAUGAGGAAACACUGCGCCGUAUCGGCUCCCCUCGAGCCCAGGACUACGUCCGCAACCUUCCUUACAUGCCGAAGAUCGCUUUCCAGCGUCUGUUCCCCAACGCCAACCCGGACGCCCUGGAUCUCCUGGACCGCAUGCUGGCUUUCGAUCCAUCCUCACGAAUUUCUGUCGAGGAUGCAUUGGAGCAUCCUUAUCUGCAGAUCUGGCACGAUGCCUCGGACGAGCCGACAUGCCCAACAACAUUCGACUUCCGCUUCGAAGUGGUAGAUGAUAUACAUGAAAUGCGCAAGAUGAUUUAUAACGAAGUAAUGAACUUCCGCGCUGUGGUCCGACAGCAAUCCCAGGCGCAGGCCGCCGCCGCCGCCCAGCAGCAACAAAUCGCGCAGACCAAUGUCCCAAUUCCCGAACACAGCCAGGGCGGCUGGAAGGGAGAGGAGCCUAAACCACAAGAAGCGAUUGCCGCAGGCGGCCAUAUGAAUGAUCUCGAAUCAUCGCUACAGCGUGGAAUGGACGUGAUACAUUGAAUUUGAGCAUUAUCGAAGAGAUACAUACAUAAACAAAUAGGUCUUUAGACAUUGCGAAAUGGUAUAUCUCUCAUAUACGGUGGAGGAACAGGCAGGAAAGAGGAUAAAUAUAAAAUAAAUGAAAAAGAACAAAAAAAGGGUAGGGGGGGAUGAUAUAAAUGUGGACUGGUUAUCUUUUUUUUUAUUUUUUUAUUUUUUUAUUUUGUUUUGGAAAUGAUAUGAUUCUGUUUAUAUAUGGGGAUUGCCCUCUGUUAUUGAUCGGCAGUACAGCAUUAUUAUUCGUUUGGUUUGUUUUUUUAGGGGAAGUAUGAUUAUAUUAUAACCUGAAGACUUGUUGAUUUUCACUCACGUAGGUAUAGUAUAAAUUUCUGAUAAUAUCUAGAUAUGUCUUCUUUGCCCCCUCCUUUUUGAUUUCCGUUUGAUAUUCUCUGAUAGAUCUGAGGAGGUGAGUUGUAUACGUCAUAAUAAUAGGAAGAAUAUGGUCUGGUAUCUUUGAGAUAUACAUCGCAUCACAUUUCAUCUAGCAUUUAACAUCCUAUUCGUACAGACAUAACUCGUAAGCAUCAUCUCAACCGAGAAAAGAAACAAAAAUAAUUAGCUGUGC